GGCUGCUUCUCCGCCACAUGAGGAGGGCACAACACUUCUCACUCGCCGUCGUCUUUGCCUUUUUCAUCGCAGACCCUGUUUCCAUAACCCCGAAAAGUUCCAGUCUUUUGAACUCUGCAGCUAUACAUGGCAGCACUGAUAAAGUUUGGCUGAGGUUGGAGUUCAGCUGGAGGUCAGUACUGGCGACAGUGAUAGGAUUUCUUGGAUCGGCAUGCGGGACAGUUGGUGGAGUUGGAGGAGGGGGGAUUUUCGUUCCCGUGCUUACUUUGAUCGUUGGAUUCGACACAAAAUCGGCUGCUGCGAUUUCCAAAUGUAAAGCUUUUCUUUUCCUUACCGUACGCCACUCUCUGCUCAGAUCCAAAACGUUCUGUUUAAAAAUGGCCAAGGGUUUGAGUUUCUAAAAGGAAGCACUUUUCCCCACUUGUUUACCCCCUCACAUUGCCAAAAUGUGAAAGGAAAGGGGGAGCACUUUUCCCCAACCGAAUCCUCUUUUCCUCUUUUUGUGGCUUCUGUUGAUUCUGUUUUGUGAUUGUUUAUUCUUUCUUUCCUGUUCCUCUUUACUGAGAUUGAUUAUUGGCAGUUGAUUGAUGAGAUUUAACUGGAUUGCUAAAUGUCGUCCUUAAAAUUGCUAAACAUCGCCCUAACUUAGAUGUCAAAUUACCUGUAUACCCUUAAUGAAAAAAUCAAAAUUGAAAGAAACAAACAAGCCCUAAACCUAAACCUUCUCCUGCGUUCCCUUCCCUCUGAAACUCCCUCUUCACCAACUCACCGCCGAUCACCCUCUGCAACCGCCUGCCACCUCGCGUCGCCAACCGUCGGUGACCUCUGCACCUCCCUCCAUCGCGCCGAUCACCCUCUGCAACUGCCUGCCACCUCGCGUCGCCAACCGUCGGCGACCUCUGCACCUCGCUCCAUCGUGCCGAACUCCCGCGAUCCCACCCGCGCAGCAGCCUUCGCCGGAGAAGAAGGCUUCGUCGGAGAAGAAGAAGGUAUGAUUAUGGGGGCAUCAGCAUCAUCUGUGUGGUAUAAUCUACAAGUUCCUCAUCCAAUUAAAGAAGUGCCCAUCUUGGACUACGACUUGGCUCUUCUGUUCCAACCCAUGCUAAUGCUUGGCAUUACUGUUAGGGUUUCCUUGAGUGUUGUCUUCCCUUACUGGCUAAUCACCGUUCUCAUCAUCAUACUCUUUAUGGCUAAUCUACUAUUGAUAUCUGUAGUUCACAAACAAACUCCAUUUCCCCCUACUGACAAGUUCUUUAGGAAUUCAUGCGUUGAACGUUUGUUGUACAGGAACUUCUUCAAGAUCUUUCUACAGGGCUACUGAAAUGUGGAAGGAGGAAACAUACUUGAAGUCAGAAAUAGCGGAUAGAAAGGAGGCACUAGUCAAUUCUCGUGGUGAACGCAGUAUUCUGCUUGAACCUGAAUUGGAAGAGGCUUCUGGUUCUGUUUCCUUCUUCUCCAAGUCAUCAAGGUACUACCUCUUUUCCACUGUCUCUAUUUCAGUCCCAACCGUUAGGAACUUAAACAUCAGGCCUUCUAUAUAUUGUUUGCAGAAUGAUGUCUCAGUUUGUGGCACUGCAUACUGGAUGAUCUUUUGCUUGCAGCUCCCCGUGGCCAUGGGAGUGUUUGGCUAUGAAGCAGUGAAACUAUACAAAGAAUACAAGAAGAGGUCGAGUGUGGGGAACACAGAAUGUAUCUGUGAGGCUUCAAUUGCAUGGACACCAUUGAAUAUUGCAUUCUGUGCACUUUGUGGAAUUCUUGGAGGCACUGUGGGUGGAUUGUUGGGAUCUGGUGGUGGAUUCAUCCUAGGCCCCUUGCUGCUUGAGAUUGGUGUCAUCCCUCAGGUUGCAAGUGCAACAGCAACAUUUGUGAUGAUGUUCUCCUCAUCCUUGUCUGUGGUGGAGUUUUACCUUCUCAACAGGUUCCCCAUACCUUAUGCCGUGUACCUUAUGGGAGUAUCUGUCUUAGCUGGUUUCUGGGGCCAAUACUUUGUGAGAAAGAUUGUUGCAUUCCUUGGAAGGGCUUCAAUCAUUGUCUUCAUUCUCUCUGGUGUCAUCUUUGCUAGUGCUCUCACAAUGGGGGUUUUUGGGACUGAGAAGAGCAUAACUAUGAUACACAACCAUGAAUUCAUGGGAUUUCUGGGUUUCUGUAGCUGCCAAUGAUCGUUGGCAUAUAAACCCAGAAGCAGAAUGCAGCCAUGGCAUGUAAAGAAAUAAGAAGCAGAAUGAUCGUUUGAGCAUUAUAGUGAUAUUGGCUGGUCAACAUCUAGUUGACCAGCUCCUCCUGUGCAGCUAGCUUGUGUUAGAUGUCUCUCCUAUUCAUGAGUGUCAGUUCCUGGCUGACACCUUCGGACAAAUUCCUCAUUGCAUAAAAUAUUUGAAAUAAUUAACUGUCAAUUCUCAUGUCCUUGCCUUGGUUCCACCUUUGGACUUCUUAGAAAUUUAGUUUGAUAAUGUCUAUCAUCAUGCUGCAAAUGUGGAUCAAUCAAGCUAUUAGAUCA